UGCAUACGCGUAUUCACGUGCAGGUCCUGAAAUACAGAGACCGACCCGACGUCAACACUGUAUUUAUUUUCAAAAGUGUUAUCUGACGUUCGGGCGACGUGCUAUCAGCUGCGGAGCAGAAAAAAGGACCGAAACCUCCUCGUUCAAGAGUCGGCGAGCACCGCUUGAAGGCACUUCUCGGACCUUCUAUCCGCGGAGUCUGCGCGUUGCGAGCGUGCUGCCGAGCACGUGAAAACCGCGCGCUCGGUUCCUUAAUUGCCGCGCAUCUUGACGACUGACGCGAUGCUGAGCGGACGGCUAGCGCUCGUGACUGGCGGGGGCAGCGGAAUCGGCCGCGCCGUGUGCCUUGGUCUGGCCCAGGAAGGUUCUCGAGUUGUCAUCGCUGACGUCAACAAAGAUGCCGCGCGGGACACUCUCCGGAUGAUGCCCAAUGAGGCGGACCACCAAGCGCUGGAGGUGGACGUGGGCGAGGGCCGUUCGGUGCGCGACCUGUUCUCGGCCAUCCGGCGGCUGUACAGCUGCGCUCCCACCGUGGUGGUCAACUCGGCCGGCUGCCUCACGCACAGCUUCCUCCUCAACACCGACGAGCGGGCCUUCGACGAGAUGGUGCGCGUCAACCUCAAGGGCACCUUCCUUAUCACUCAAGAGGCUGCCCGGGAAAUGAUGGCGGACGACACGUCCAAGAAGCAGGACCGGUCGAUCGUGAACAUCUCGACCAUUCUGGGCAGCACGGGCUUCCCCAAGAUGUCUUGCUACGUGGCCGCCAAAUCUGGUGUCAUCGGCUUCAGCAAGUCAGCCGCGCUGGAGCUCGCCCCGUACGCGAUCCGAUGCAACACGGUUCUGCCGGGCGUGACGGACACGCCGCUGCUGUCUCCGCUGGACGAAGAGACGGUGCAGAAGUUGAUCCGUCGCUCGGCCAUGCGACGCGAAGGAAAACCCGAGGACAUCGCGAGCGUUUGCGUGUUCCUCGCGUCGCCAAGGAGCUCCUACGUGACGGGCGCCGCCAUCGAAGUCACCGGAGGUCUUUCGGCGUGACAGCCAUAUUGUCCUGUCAGAUGCACUCAUGGACGU